AUGAGCAGGCGGAUUGCGCGAACGACAGCCAGAAAAGAGCACGCCGACGCGGGCUCCAAAAAUGAGCUGCGGCUGUCUGAGACGGAGACGCUCGCGCUGUUUGUGCCGUGGAUCACGCCAGACACCGAGGCCGUUGUGCAGCAGGUCAAGGGCGACCUGUUCAACAGGAACUAUAUGGAGGCCUUCAGCACCGAGGACAAGCGGCAGGCGUACGCUGCGCGGUGGUCGUCGUCGCGGACCGGCGCAGAGCUGGUUGCACUGGGCAGUGUUUUUGGCCGGCUGCUGGAAACGCUGCCAAUCAGCAGCACGGCACGGUCGUGGCACGUGACGGCCGUCGACAUCAGCGACUGGAGCAGCGUGGUGCGCAAGAUCGCGGCGUAUGUGACGGACCAGUGGGUGCGGCCGCGGCUGGUCAGCGCGCAGCACUCGCUCGCGCUCGAGUUUGUGCUCGAGGACGUGUUGCAGCUGCCGGCAAACGUGACGCACAGACUGCACGCGGCUGACCUGAUCACGUGCUGUUUCACGACGAACGAGCUCUUUGCAGAGAACAAGACACAGGCCAUUGCGUUGCUCAACAGGCUGUCAGAGUGCCGAGCGGGCACGCUGUUUUUGGUGCUGGAGUCCGCAGGCUCCUACUCGCACAUCACGGUGGGCUCCAAGCGGUUCCCCGUGUACUUUCUCGUCGACACCGUCCUUUGUGGGCCUCCCGGCCGUGCGCGCGACUGGGAGCUUGUGUCGUCCAGCGACAGCGAGUGGUACCGCGUCCCGGGCGGCGUCGAGUAUCCUCUGAAGCUGGAAAACAUGCGCUUUUUCUAUAGAUUGUACAGGAGAAGAUAA